AUGGGUAAUGUUCCUACAAAAGAAGCAAGAAGUAGAUCUUCUUCCUCAGUUUCUGAUUAUUUGAAUUCAUCGUCCAAUACACCAACAACAUCGUCAUCUACAACGUCAAAACGAAGAAAUACUACUUCGGCUCUAUACGGAGUCGUUUCAUCACAUCAUCGAUCUGGGUCAAGUGAUUUAAGAAAAUUAAAGAAACAAGAAGAAAAAGACCGUGCUCAACAACUUCAUUACAUGCAACUCAUUGUUAAAUUUGAUGAAAAUGUUGAUGGAGGAUAUUUGGCCCCUUAUGGUACUUACAAGUCAAAUCUUGAUUAUGAUUGUGACAUUGUUCGUAAAUUAAUAAUUAAUCGCCAAUUGUCUCCAUUUUUCACUCCGUUGCAAGAUUUUGAUGAAAGUUGGACUGAUGAUGAAUUGUGUAUAUUGUUGAAUCAAUCUCCGUUACACGCAUUAGAACCUGGAUUUGAUAAUGAAGAAGAACUUGAUGAUAUUGACAAUCAUAAAAUCCACAAAUCGUCCAACUAUUAUAAACGUCAAGAGGAAAAAGCCAAAUUAAAGACAUUAAUUGCUAAAGUUAAGGAUUUACAAAAGGAAGAAGAGCAAAGAUUUCUUGAAGAGAAACAAAGUCAUACAAAUAAGGACUGUCCAAGUAGAGAUUUGUUAUUAAGAUUAUACCGUGAUGCUAGUGAAUGUCCUAUCUGUUUCUUGUAUUACCCUAGACAUUUAAAUGUUUCUCGAUGUUGUUUGCAACCAAUUUGUUCUGAAUGUUUUGUACAAAUUAAACGAUUGGAUCCACAUCCUCCUCAUGAUGACAACUCAAAUUCGGAUGCCAAUGAACUACCUCACACAUUAAUUUCUGAGCCAGCCAAUUGUCCAUAUUGUGCUUCCCCAGAUUUUGGGGUUACAUAUGAUCCACCUAAAGAUAUACAUACAGGCAUUAAUGGCACCAAACCAGGAGAUUACAAGACCAGUGCAGCUAUCAUGGAAGUUUGUACAGAUGAUGAAUCAGAAGAAGCAACGGUUGGCACACCCAAACAGCAAAUUAUUGGUUCUCCAACUCCACCUCCAGUUAUGUCAUCUCCACGUAAGAAGACUAUGAAAAGACGAGGUUCAUUGGCUGCAAAUGCAGCCGGGGUUAUUACAAUUGAUAAGAUACGACCAGACUGGGAAGCCAAAUUGAAUUCGGCACGAAGCAAAUUAGCUAGAAAGGCGGCUACUGCUAGUGCAAUUCAUGCAUCUAAUUUGUUACUUGAUGAAGAGGGAGGUGCUAGUAGCCGUGGUGGUGGUGCUAGUGGAAAUGGUAGAAGAAGAAACGAUUCGAAUUCAUCAAGGGCAAGAUCGAGCACCACUGGAUCAAAUAGCAAUGGUUAUGCUGCAGUUGAGCAAAGAAUGAUUGAAGAAGCCAUGAGAUUAUCACUUAUUGAUGAAGAAGAACGAAAGAAAAAAGCAUCUAAAGAAACAAAGAAAUGA